AUGGUUUCAUUAUCGAUUCAGGUGCGAAUAUCAUUGUAUAUAUUUAUAGUUUCAAUCGAACGUGGAUUUACAAUAUCCAGUAGUACAGAAUUUCCUCCAUUAUUUGAAUCGACACUCAAGUAUUUAGCUGAAACUUUAGAAUGGGAGUCACAGGAGCCCAUCAAUCAGGCAAGAGUUCUUCCGGAAUACGAUUUCAUCGUCGUCGGCGCCGGAAGUGCGGGAGCGGUAGUGGCGAGUCGAUUGUCCGAAAUCAAAAAAUGGCAGGUGCUGUUGAUCGAAGCUGGACAACACGCCACUCAUCUCAUGGACAUACCAUUGGCUGCUCCACUUUGGCAAUUUUCCACAAUCAAUUGGAAUUAUAAGACGGUACCGAUGAAUAAUUCGUGCCUAGGUUUCGAAGGUAGACGGUGUAAAUUUCCAAGGGGCAAAGUCAUGGGUGGCAGUAGCAUACUAAAUUACAUGAUAUAUACACGUGGUAACAGAAAGGAUUAUGACGAUUGGGCUAAAAUGGGUAACACAGGUUGGGACUACGACAGUGUUCUGAAGUAUUUUAUUAAGUCGGAAAACGCUAACUUGUCACAGGCCGAUUCGGGUUAUCACGGAAAAAAUGGAUUGUUGUCCGUGACCGACGUCCCUUAUAGGACGCCAAUAGCGAAGGCUUUUGUUGAUGCCGGAUCGCAAAUCGGACUUCCCGUUGUCGACGUCAACGGAGAAAAACAAAUCGGAAUCAAUUAUUUACAGGCUACUAUUAAAAACGGUCGCCGUUGGAGCACAAACACUGCGUUUCUGUUUUCUGCGAAAAGAAGACCAAACCUGCACGUGAAAAAGCUUAGCACAGUAACCCGGAUAUUGAUAGAUAGAGAAACGAAAAACACGGUUGGUGUAGAGUUUGUCUCAAAAGGCAAGAAAUAUAAAGUGUUUGUGAGGAAGGAAGUGAUCGUUUCCGGAGGUUCCAUAAACUCGCCACAGCUGCUCAUGCUGUCCGGAAUCGGUCCGAAACAACAUCUGACGGACCAUCGCAUCCCGUUGGUGAAAGACUUGCCAGUCGGCGAAAACCUGAUGGACCAUGUAGCGCUCGGGAGUUUGAUCAUGACGAUAAAUGAAUCCAUCUCGAUCCGACAGGAUAACUCUUUAGAAGAUCCGAACGCAAUCAACGACUACCUCGUGCGCGGUGUCGGCGUGAACACUGUGCCCGGGGGCGCCGAGGCUCUUGCGUUGGUGGACACGGAUAGGCCCGGGUCGACGGACGGACAAGCCAAUCUCGAGCUGUUGAUGGUGUCGGGAACGUAUUCGUCCCACGAGCUGAUGCCUGGCCUUUGUGGCAUGAGGGACGAUCUGUACAACGCCGUGUACCGGGCCACCGAGGGCGCGAGCGGGUUCACGGUGUUCCCGAUGUUGAUGCGUCCCAAGAGCCGCGGUCGGGUGUGGCUCAAGAACGCCGACCCGUUCCGCCACCCGCUAAUCGAUCCCAAUUAUUUCGCCGACGAGACCGACCUGGACGUUAUGGUAGCCGGAGUCCGACUGUUCCAGCGAAUGUUGCGCACGGGCCCGAUGAAGUCACUCGACGCCAAGAUCCUGGACACUCCGCUGCCCGGGUGCCGGCAACACGUGUUCGACACGGACGCCUAUUGGAAGUGUUCCGCUCGACAGAUAUCGUUCACGAUCUAUCACCUGUCCGGCACGUGCAAGAUGGGACCGGCUUCGGAUCCGUCGGCCGUCGUUGACCCGAGACUGCGCGUGCACGGCGUCCGCGGUCUGAGAGUGGUGGACGCAUCGAUUAUGCCGGAAGUACCGUCGGCCCACACCAACGCGCCGACGAUUAUGAUCGCGGAAAAAGCGUGCGACAUGAUCAAAGAAGACUGGAACGUAUAG